GUGUCGGCGCUGCGCUGCGCUGCAAUACACGGAGUUUAUAACGGGAAACAACGCAAGAAGGAUUUAUCUAAAUGCAUUUUUUUAAAUCAGCAGAUGCGCAGGUUAUUGUAGUCGGAAACACGCUCAAAUCCUGCAAUGAUUCACAGCUGCGUUAUGGAUAUUUUAAUGCCUCGUUGGAUACUAUAAGCCUCCAAAAACGCACGGACUACACGCGCUCCACUGCUGCUGGACUAUAAACACGCGCUGCUGUUUCCAGGGCGACCCAACCUAACUUAGUGUUAGAGGAGGAUAUAAACUGUGCCAGCAAUUCCGGAGGGCAGCCGCUCAGUGCUCGCGGUGACCAUGCCCGGGAUGGCGGUGUCUAUCACCGGGGCAGCCCUGCUCCUCUUAUCCGGGCUGGUGGCUCCGCUCUGCGUGGUGCACGCUUUCGGCGAUGAGUUGGAGGAAAUGACUUGCGACCCGAUCCGGAUCAGCAUGUGCCAGGGUCUCGGCUACAACGUCACCAAGAUGCCCAAUCUGGUCGGCAACGUACUACAGUCUGACGCAGAGCUGCAGCUGACCACGUUCACGCCGCUCAUACAGUACGGCUGCUCUAGUCAACUCAAGUUCUUCCUGUGCUCAGUCUAUGUGCCAAUGUGCACAGAUAAGGUUCCCAUCCCCAUUGGCCCAUGUGGUAGCAUGUGUCUAUCUGUUAAGAGGAAAUGCCUCCCAGUGCUCCACGAGUUUGGCUUCAUAUGGCCUGAGGUGCUCAACUGCAGCCUCUUCCCGCCUCAAAACGACCAUAACCACAUGUGCAUGGAGGGGCCGGGGGACGAGGACCCACCCUACCAGCCUGUCCGCCAUCCUCCCCACCAAGAGGAGUGUCAGGCACUGGGAUCUGCACCUGACCAGUAUACCUGGUUAAAACAGACAGAAAGCUGCACUCUCCAGUGUGGCUAUGACAGUGGGCUCUACCGAAGAGGAGCCAAAGUCUUCACAGAUGCGUGGAUGGCGGUGUGGGCUGUGCUGUGCUUCCUGUCGACCACACUCACAGUCCUGACCUUUCUGUUGGAUUCACAGCGCUUCUCCUAUCCUGAAAGGCCCAUCAUCUUCCUAUCUAUGUGCUGCAAUCUGUACAGUGUCGCCUACCUGGUACGGUUGACUCUGGGCAGGGAGCGCGUUUCUUGUGACCUGGACGCCACUGCAGUACCAAUUUUAGUACAAGAAGGGUUAAAGAGCACUGGCUGUGCCAUAGUCUUCCUUCUGCUCUACUUCUUUGGCAUGGCCUCCUCACUCUGGUGGGUGAUCUUGACCCUCACUUGGUUCUUGGCUGCCGGACUAAAGUGGGGCCAUGAGGCUAUUGAAAUGCACAGCUCCUACUUUCACAUAGCAGCGUGGGCCAUCCCAGCCAUUAAAACCAUCGUCAUACUCAUAAUGCGACUGGUGGAUGCGGAUGACCUGACUGGACUCUGCUAUGUGGGAAAUCAGCAGCAGGAGGCACUCACAGGCUUUGUGGUGGCACCACUGGCCACAUACCUUCUAAUAGGCACUCUCUUCAUCUGUGCUGGCCUUGUGGCUCUCUUCAAGAUCCGCUCCAACCUGCAGAAGGACGGUGCCAAAACAGACAAGCUGGAGCGUUUAAUGGUGAAGAUUGGCGUGUUUUCUGUUCUCUACACUGUCCCAGCGUCCACCGUCAUUGGCUGUUACCUCUACCAGCUCUCUCACUGGGGGGAGUUCAGGGCUAGCACCCGAGACUCAUACGUGGCAUCAGAGAUGCUUCGAAUCUUCAUGUCACUGCUCGUAGGCAUCACAUCAGGCAUGUGGAUCUGGUCUGCAAAAACUCUCCACACAUGGCAGCGCUGCUCUGCGCGCCUGCUCAGGGACAGCAGGGCAAGCAGAGGAGGAAAGAGGGCGCCAGGUGAGGGUUGGAUCAAACCCGGGAAAGGCAACGAGACAGUAGUGUGAGAAAGAAAUGAGAGGGUGGACUUUUACCUUUUUCUCUGUCACUUCUGAAACUCACUCUGCCAAAGAUGGACAGAGAAAAGAGGUGAGAGGGAGAAGCAGGAGUUUCUCAAGGAAGCCACUGGAUGUAAUGGUAUCACAAAAAGCUCACUGAGAGUCUACAAGCAUGCCUCACUCCCUCUAACUGCCUCUUACAUGGAUCAAGGAGGAGAAAAUUGGAGGACUGGGUCAUACAUAAGUAGCAACAGUAGCCUCUCUACCUCUGUCAGACAGCCUUUGCCCAGAGAGAUAGAGAAAGUGAAAAAUGUGGGAGAAAGAGAGAUGGAAAGGGCAGAAGAGAAGCAUCAAUAUACAGACCAGACGAACAGAUAAGCUGUGUAGCACCACGUCUACCUCUCUGCCUCUCUUUUCUCCACAGCCCUCAGCAGGAGAGACUGAACCUGCUGGAGACAGUAGCCCUCACACCAUUGUGUCUUUUGAGGGUAUUUUGAAGUUUUGGAUUUUACACUGGAGAGUCCUUGUGCAGACAUCACACAGAUGUAGGUUUCCCAAAAGCAUCUCAGUUCCUGUAAGGUUUUUUUUUUAUCUCCAAACAGGAAAAUUAAAAUGAAAUACCAGACCAAAAACAUAUAAAAUCUAAUGAAAAAAUAUAAAACAUGGCCUUAAAUCUCUAAAGUGUUUACAUUCUAAUUACAUUAUUAUACACAUUUGUAAUGUUUUCUCUUUUGUACAAUAUGAAAGAGCAGGUUGUUUUUAUAACUCAGAAUGUUUUGGGAAACUAGCUCCAAGCUGUAACUGUGCACUAAAUUUCUAUACAAUAAGUAAAGUGGCUGUGCUCGUCACAAGUGCAUUAGCAGGGAUGGCAGUGAACAAAUCACGACACAGUAUAUUAAUAUGCAGAGAGCCUUUAACAGUUUGUUUCAUUUUCAUUGUGAAUGCUGCAAAAAAAAAACAAAAAAAAAACACACUUUUCUUACAAAUAUUGUGAAGGCAAGGGCAGACAGAGAAACAUAAUGAAAAACUAUUUUUUUAAAUCUGUCUUGUACAUUUAGGUAAAGUCUGUGGUAGAUUUACGCACACCGCAAUGAAUCCUGGGAGCACCCCAGCUGUGCCUUUUAUUGACUCAUAAAUGUUGCAGCAGUGAGGCGUCUGGGAAAUGUAGGCCUGUGUGUGUUACCUCAGUAAUCUACGGGAAGCUCGGCUAACUUCUAAUGAUGUGUGCAGUCUUUGUGGAUACCCUGUACUGUAUGUGCUCUUGAGUUACCAUGAAAUCCAGGAAAUUAAAUUAUUCCCUCUGCCCUCUUUUCAAAACAUCGGACCUGAGGCACGUCGAAGAAUUAGAGGUUAUUAGACAAUCACUUGCCAAAAGACACAUUAUGCAAUAACAAAGAGCUGUCGCAGAUGUACUAUACUAUAUGUAGGUAGGAAUCAGUUCCCACGAAACAUAUCCACCAGCAGUUCUGAUCACUAUCAGAGUAAUAACACCAAUAAUAAGAGACAGUAUCUGCCUAAUUAUGUCUCUUUCCAUCUGUUUGUAUGCGUCUCUUGACUUUCUCUAUCCCUGUGGUUUAAUGAGGUCACCACAGGAGCGCAACGCAUCUGUCCGUCUGUCUGAUGCUCUAAUUGGCCCACUGCCCGCCUGUUGCUUUUUAACCUUCUCUGCUGCAAUAUGGCUCAUUUCCCAGACAAUCAAAUUAUCAAAAGUUUAUUGUACUUUAUAUUUCAGAAUUUCAUGGAUGAUAGAAUUGAGAUUUUGCAUUUUCUCUUAUAAUAAGCAUCUUCCAACAUUUUAAUCUUACAAUUCCUCUUAAAAACUGCUUAUAGAAUGCACUAUAAGCUUUAAUUACAACAAGUUAUUCCUGGUCGCAAGGCUGCACUCACAAAAUCCUUCAAUUUCUGCUGUGUACUGUAUAUUUGCCUGACAAUCUAUCAAAGCUCUUGCGUUUCAGUAAGUCUUUGAUUGUUUAAUACUUAGCAGGUGUCACAUAACACCCUCUACAUUUAAGUAAAAUUUGAUUUGGGGCUAUUUUAAAGUAUAAGGGCUUAAAUAAAUUGGAGCUUUGGCCCCUGUGUGUCAGCUGAAACCAGAUAGUGCCUAAGCCAGCCUGUCACAUGUAUUUUUAACAUAGAAGGGGACAGAAAAUAACUUCAGUGUGCACUGCCUUUUUCCCAAAUUAUACUAAAUGUAACAGCACCCUUAUUGCAUUCAAAUACUUUUGGUGAUUCUGGUGAAACCUAGAACCCUGUAAAAACAGUGUUUCUCAUACUAGUGUACCUUGGCACACUUAUUAAAUUUCAAGAGUCGAGCAAACAUUACAUUGAGUUAAAGUGAAUUGAAUUAGCCUCUGACCAUCUCCCCUCUGAGCUAAUGCAGUUCCCUCUGAGACUGAAGUGUUUUGGCCGUCUAUGGUGGUAUGACCACACUGAGCUUCAGGUGACAUUUCCAAACAAUCACUGAAUAGUUGUGCCUUGAAACAUGCUGAGUGUGUGCCACAGCCCUAAUGAAGAUUGAGAACCACUGGUAGUACAGAUGUGUAAAUGCUUUUUGAAAAGCCCACAUAUGCAUUAAAUUUGGGGGUCGGUCUACCAACGCUGAUCGUAGCCUCUAAGAUCUAGACUGUUCCUUUGUAUAGAAAACUCAUUGUCAUGAUGAUGUCAUCAAUGUAUUGUAAAAAAAAAUGCUAAUUUAUCCUUGUAAAAAAAAGUG